UUCAGUUCAGUUCAGUCUGCCUGGAUGCGCGUUGACAUGGACGCUGUUUCUCCUUCUGCUCCGAGACUGAGGAAACACGGGGAAUUCUGCAAGUACUGACAGAGAUAAGAGAGAUUACAGCGAGGUCUGUUCGUAUAGCUUUAAAAAUCCAAAUUUAGUAGGCUAUAUGUGCCACACGGACGGGUUUCAUUCACAGUUCCCGAACUGAAUCACCGAGACACAUGGGUGGGAAUCUCGGAUGCCACCGGUCCAUUCCCAAGGACCCCACGGAUUUCUGCCAGGGCAAACGCAAGUUCAGCGCGGCAUGCAACUUCAGCCACAUACUAGUGAACCAGGAGCGCCUGAACAUCAACACCGCGACCGAGGAGGAGCUCAUGACUCUGCCGGGCGUGAAUCGCGGGGUGGCUCAGAACAUCGUGGAGUACCGGGAAUGCAUCGGCGGAUUCAAGAAAGUAGAAGACCUGGCGUUAGUCAGUGGAGUCGGUGCGACUAAACUAGAGGCGAUCAAACUGGAGAUCUGCGUGUCGAGCAAGAGCAGCUCGUCGAAUCACUCUCCUUCAUCUCUGCGCAAAGAGCACGAGCACCUGCCGUGCACCGGCGUGAACAUAAACACGGCCACGCCGCCGCAGCUCAUGAGCGUCCGCGGCAUCACCGAGAAAAUCGCCAAGAACGUCGUAGAGUUCCGUUCCGUGCACGGCCCGUUCAGAAGCAUCGAAGACCUGGUCAAAGUGGCCAACAUAAAUUCAUCCUUGCUGGACCGGAUCCGUUUCCAGGUGUUCGUGGAGCGGUCCAGGACUCCUUCCACGAACACGAACGGAGGGUUCACGCACCCGAGCCCCACGUCCUUCAGUGUUCGCAGCGAUGAGGUGGACGUUCCGCUCGGUGGACCGCCACUCGUCACAUCUGUCCGGCCCUGCGUGGAGCCUCCAGCGGGCACGCGCGAUGGAAAGCCCGUGGUGCGAGUGGCCACCUGGAACCUGCAGCGAUGCUCCAGUGAGAAGGCCAACAACCCUGGGGUCAAAGAGGUCGUCUGUAUGACCCUACUAGAAAAUGACAUUAACCUGCUAGCGGUUCAAGACUUGGCCGAUCGGGAGGCUCUAGACAAGUUUUGUGCAGAGCUGAAUCAGCCCACUCUCUGCAGCGUACGCAAGUGGAAGAGUGCCAGAGGCCUGUGGAAAUGUGCCGUUUCAGACUGUCCCACUGGACAGUCCAAUAAUGUUACCGAGUACUCUGGUUUCCUGUGGGACAGCUCUUCUGGGAUUGAAAUGAAGGAUGCCACUGUCUUGGAAAAUUCUGCGACUAAUGGUAAUGGGAAGCAUCCUCAUCCUCGGCCAUACCUGGGACAUUUUUAUAUUGGAUCGUCUGAGCUCACCCUGAUCAACUUGCACCUGACGGCAGCACCAUCGCCGGCUGAACAGAGAGGAAAACACACUUGUGAUGAGCUCAAGGCUUACAGGCUGAGCUCUGGUAUCCAGGAAACUCUCAAAGGUGAGAGAGAACUGCUGGUGCUGGGUCACUUUGGCACGGCUCCUGACAGCCCUGAGAUGGAGUGCCUGAGGAAAGAAAAACUCUCGGCCCUCCUCGCACCGUCCGUCUUUACGAACAUCAGCACUCGCACGCCGCAGGGUUCGCACUGUCUGGACAACAUCUGGGCCAGUCGCUCCCUCAAAAAGAUCUACACAGGUCAUUGCUCGGUGGUGCGGAAGGGCCUGACCAAUCCAUGGAUUCCCGAUAACUGGUCUUGGGGUGGUGUGGCGUCUGAGCAUUGUCCUAUAGUGGCAGAGUUCUUCGUGAACAUCAUCCUGAAGGAGCACCUGUGCAGUGGCAACGGCGUGGCAGUGGUGGAGAGAGGAGAUACCAUGUCCAAACAUGAGCGAUGACCUUUUACACUCUCGCCUGGACUAGCACAAUGACUGACUUGAAUAUCAAUGAAAGAAUGAGAGAAGCGCACCGUGAUUGCCUUUUGUUUUGUUUGUUCAAUGUACAGUAGAGAUUCUAGGGCAACAAACAUUAGAUUUUAAUAUAGAACGCAAUAAAAUGAGAGAGAUAUUUAAACACAGAUUUAUUAAACAUGUACAUAAAAUUAAGUGAAAUGAAGGAAAUGAAAAGUGUGCCAACUUUUUAAGUGCAAAUAAUAAAUCAAUAUUUACAACCCGA